AAUAGGCUUUAGGCUUAGUAGCUGUGGAUAGAAAGAGAGAGAGAGAGCUCCUUCUCCUCCUUCAGCUCGCUCUCUGAUUCGAGGUCUUGGCCAAUGCCGUUGGAGUGACUGUGAAAUGGUGCUAUGAAUUCAUGGCCUCUUCUCACUCUUCGCUGCUUCACAUUCAUUCCCUUUCCCUUCGGAGAAGCUUCAGAUUAUUUGCCAGAAGCUUCUCAAGCAUUCAGAGUCCAAAGAAACUUGAUUCACUCCGCUUUUCUCCAAUUAAAUCCCCAAAGGGCUACUGUAGCAUAUCCAGUAGUUUUAAUUCGGCUUUACCGGGAGUUCUUCGUGAGAAUGGGGAUGCUGCAUUUUACUCUAAAAGUGAGCGAGUACUAUGCGGAGAUAUGCCGCUAGGUUCAGUCAAGCAAGAAGAGAAAACAGUGAACAGUAACCCUUCAGAUGGUAGAGUCAUGCUCAUCGAUGGCACAUCAAUCAUUUAUAGAGCGUACUAUAAACUUUUAGCAAAGUUGCACCAUGGCCAUCUGUCACAUGCUGAUGGAAACGGAGAUUGGGUGCUAACCAUCUUUUCAGCACUUUCUCUUAUAAUUGAUGUGCUGAAGUUUACCCCUUCCCAUGUGGCGGUGGUGUUUGACCAUGAUGGAGUUUCAUUUGGUCAAACUUGUAUUUCAUCCAAAGAAAAUGUUAAAGGAAAAGGGCUGAAUUUUCGUCAUACUUUAUACCCUGCAUACAAGAGCAAUCGCCCCCCUACACCUGAUACCAUUGUCCAAGGCCUUCAAUACUUGAAAGCUUCCAUUAAGGCUAUGUCCAUUAAGGUGAUUGAGGUGCCAGGUGUGGAAGCUGAUGAUGUGAUUGGAACGUUGGCUGUUAGGAGUGUUGAUACUGGGUACAAGGUACGGGUUGUCUCCCCAGACAAAGACUUUUUCCAGAUCCUAUCUCCUUCAUUACGUCUUUUACGAAUUGCUCCACGUGGCUUUGAUAUGGUUUCAUUUGGCAUGGAAGAAUUUGCUAUAAAAUAUGGAAGCCUUCAACCUUCUCAGUUUGUUGAUGUGAUCUCACUUGUUGGUGACAAAUGCGAUAAUAUUCCAGGAGUUGAUGGAAUCGGAAACGUUCAUGCUGUGCAACUCAUCACUAAAUUUGGCACAUUGGAGAAUCUUUUGCACUGUGUUGAUCAAGUUGAAGAGGAACGAAUCAGAAAGAUCUUGAUAACAAGUGCUGAUCAGGCUCUCUUGAGCAAGAACUUGGCACUAUUACGUUCUGAUCUUCCAUUCUACAUGGUACCUUUCACCACAAAAGAUCUGGCAUUUCAAAAGCCUGAGGACAAUGGGGAGAAAUUCACGAGCCUCUUAACGGCUAUAAGUGCAUAUGCGGAAGGAUUUUCAGCUGAUCCAAUCAUCAGGAGAGCAUUUUACUUAUGGAACAAACUAGGAAAACCAUAAUCAAGUUUUAUAGGUUUUCAAUGGGUCAUAGUAGUCGGAAGCCUAUGCUGGUUGCAAAAGUCAAAAGCACCGGAAAUGCAUCAACUUCGUAUGGCCUAUAGGUUCAACACUGGCCAUCAUUUCUCUUAGCAGCUUUAUGUUUUGUGUGAAUCUUAUCAUGUGUAUAUAUAGUUCCUAGUUCUUCUACUUAAUUUAAAUAGAAGAAAAAGGUUUUGAAA